AUGACAACACCCAAUACAAAUAAUAGUAUAGAAUUAUUUGAUAAUUUACCUUUAUUUUUUAAAGGGAGACUUAAUGAAGCGAUUCAAAAAGUUUCAACAAGUUUAGAUUUAUUUGUUUUAUAUGUUAUAGAUUUAGAAGAGGAUCAAACUGAUGUUUUAAAGUGCAUUUCUCACCAAGCAGUUAUUUCAUUUGUAAAAUCAAAAUGUAUAUUAUAUAAAAUUAAAAAAGAUUCAACAGAAUUCGAAUUUUUUAGUCAACAUUAUCCAAAUCAUUCACAAGGUUCAUGUUUUUAUUUUUUUGAUAUAAAUGGAAAGGUUUUUAAAAGUGAAGAUAUUAAAAAAGGAUUUACAUUCAUUUCAAUUUUAUCUCUCUUUAAAACUGCAAACGAUAGCUUUGAAAAACAAAAACAAUCUUUAAAUUCUUCAAAAAUUGAACAAAAAUCUAAAGAAAGAAGAUUAGUUUUACAAAAAACAUUUUGUACAAAACCAUUACCAGAUUCACCAACAACUACAACUACAACAACCACAACAACAAUUGUUAAAUCACCACCAUUAAGGAAGAAAUCACCAGAACCAGAACCAUAUAUACCAAACGAUGAUUAUAUAACAAAAGCAACAAUGACAACUUUAAUUUUUAAAUUAACAAAUGGUGAAACUCUUAAAGCUGAAUUUAAUGUUCAUGAUCGUUUAAAAGAUAUAAAAGAAUUUAUAAAGAAUAAUAGAACAGAUGAAAAUCGUCCAUUUGAUAUGAUAACAAUUUAUCCAAAACAUUUAUUUACAUCAAGUGAAUAUGAAAAAACAUUAUUAGAAUUAAAUUUAGUACCAUCAGCAACAAUAACACUUAAUCCAUUAGAUGUUUCAACUAAAGUAGAAAAGAAAUCAUCUGCAUCUGCAAAUAUACAUCCACCAUCAUCUUUUUCAUCUUCCUCCUCAUCGUCAUCAUCAUCAUCAUCAGGUUCAUAUUUUUCAUCAGUAAAGAAUUAUUUCUCUGGUUUCUUUGGUGGAGCAAUUGAACAACCUGCAGAAUCAAAAGAACAAGAUAAAUCAUCGAAAUCAUCUAGUAACAAUAGUAGCGGAAAAUCAUCUUCACAAGUUAAAAAGAGAACAAAUAUUCAUCAAAUAAACAAUAGUAAUGAUGAUGAUCAUGAACAAAGAAAACAACAUAAAGACCCCAAGGAUGAUAAUAAUUCUUAUUAUAAUGGAAAUUCAACUCAAUUUAAUGGGAAAUAA